CCUCGGCGCUGUGUUUGACUACAUGGCUCUGUUAGCUUUAAGCUAACUCCGCCAUGGACCAUGUCCCCGGUGUUCUCUCCCCAGAACCCCCUGCAGAAAACGGGGAGGACCCCUGCGACGGCUCCCCGUUAGAGGACGAGUUUGUAGACGCUUUCGGGGACCUGGCUGCCCUCCCGGUGGAGGUCGGAGAGAGAAGACCGACGUGUUUUCGGUGCCGUCGCCCUCAGAAGGUGUGUCUCUGUCCUUUUCUUCCAACACAACCCCUGGAGGUCUCCACAUGUCUCUACGUAGUGCAGCAUCCUGCAGAGGAGAGCAGAGUUCUUCGCACUGUCCCUCUUCUUGCUGCAUGUUUGCCACAAGGAAAAUGCAAUGUCAUCGUUGGGAGGAGAUUCAAUGAAGAAAAGCACCCAGAGCUCGCUGCAGUAUGUCGGGACAGCAGAACUCUGAUCCUGUACCCGGGCCCAAAAUCCCAGAACCUGGAGGAGUUAGUGCAAUACCAGGAAGUAGGAAGUGUGAAACAUAAUGUGAUCAUCAUCGACGGCACGUGGAGCCAGGCCAAAAACAUGUUCCUCAAAAACAGCCUGUUCCACCUGCCGAAACAGGUCCAGCUCAAUCGGACUCUCUCCAGUCAGUACGUGAUCCGCACACAACCCUCCAACAUCUGUCUGUCCACGCUGGAGUGUGCUGCUGUCGCUCUGUCCAUCCUGGAGCAGAAUGACGACAUCCAGGAGGUUCUGCUGAGGCCCCUGAAAGCCCUGUGCUCCUUCCAGCUGCAGCACGGCGCUCAGGUUCACCACAGCAAGGAGCACCUGUUGAAAAACGGCAUGUACGACAAACCCAUGCCCAAGAACAAACGCAAGAUAAAGAGGAUGGAGAAACUUGUCACUGAUCACAACGUCUGCCCGAGAUGAGGGAGAGGAGGGACUUGAAGAGAAGUGAGCCACACUGUCUGCACACAGAGCUGUUGACGCUGCACUGGACUGGAUCAUCAGAGCAGCACGUAGCAGCAGCAGCAGCAGCAGCGUCACAGCGCAGACACGGGAAAAAGUUGGCUUUUUGGGAGUUUUUGAUUCUUUCUCUUCAAAGAUAUUUUUAAAUGCUGGUUAAUUUAAGUUAUGUUAAGUUAAAGUUUGAGUGUCAUGUGGGACAAUAAACCCAGAUUCCUACUUGCAUUGUUUAAAAACAGUUGACAUUGUUUACAGCGGUUCUGUUGUGGCUGACUUUCUGACUGCAGAAGAAUACAUCUGGAAGGGCUAAUUUUCAGUGAACUUUUAUAAAGUAAAAUCGUUGUUGAAGUAUGUUACAAAAUAAACAAUUCUCUAAAAGUUAA